GAAGGUAAUACAUAGACAGAGAGUGGUACCAAAAACUGCACUUGAACUUGAUGAAACUAUUAUUCAGGAGUAAAAACGUUAUAAAAACUGUAUAAAUUCAUAGAAGAAGAUUGUGAGGCUGAGUAUGGCGGAGGACAGUGGCUCGGGUGGUGGCUCAGCCGCAGCCACCGUAAAAUCGAUAUUUGUUUACCCAAUUAAAUCAUGCCGCGGUAUCUCCCUUCCUCAAGCGCCCAUAUCUCCCACAGGGUUCCGGUGGGACCGGCAAUGGCUGGUGGUGAACUCCAAAGGCCGAGCUGUUACUCAAAGAGUCGAGCCGAAGCUCGCUCUUGUUCAAGUUCAGUUGCCGGAUGAAGCCUUUCAUCCCGAUUGGGAGCCAAAUAAACAUUCAUUCUUAGUGAUAAGUGCUCCUGGGAUGGAUGUGCUGAGGGUGCCAUUGGCCAAGCCUGCUGAGAAAAUCGAUGGGGUCUCUGUGUGGGAAUGGUCUGGUUCGGCAGUCGAUGAAGGACCUGCUGCUGCACAGUGGUUCUCGAAUUUUCUCGGGAAGCCCAGCAGGCUCGUUCGGUUCAAUGACGCAUUGGAAGUAAGGAAUGUGGACCCUGCUUACGCACGUGGGUACAAAGUUAUGUUUUCUGAUGGGUACCCUUUCCUCUUGCUAUCCCAGGGAUCGUUGAAUGCCUUAAACGCUCUUCUCCAAGAAUCUAUCCCUGUCAACCGUUUUAGACCCAAUAUCGUGGUAGAUGGAUGUGAACCAUUUUCCGAAGAUCUGUGGACAGAGAUGAGGAUAAACAGGUCAACCUUCAAUGGUGUUAAAUUAUGCAGCCGUUGCAAGGUACCCACAAUUGAUCAAGAAACUGCAGUUGGCGGAUCUGAGCCGACUCAAACUCUGACGAGCUUUCGUUCUGAUAGAGUAUUGCGUCCAGACAAGCAAAAGCCUCAGGGGAAGGUGUAUUUUGGACAGAACAUAGUUUGUAAGGACUCCCUCAGUAAAGGAAAGGGAAAGAGCAUUAAAGUGGGAGAUCCUUUAUUUGUCGUCAAUACGGUGUUGUGUGCUGCCGAUGCUGCUGCUUAAUUUGUAGCGGGUCGCACGUUUCGUUGCAUAAUAAGUUCCAAACGUGUUCUUUUGACAAUAAAACUCGGUUUGUUGUGGUGUAUUUGGUUUAUCCAGGUUUCUCUUCAAAUAAGAUUUAACUUGGAUGAUGGUAGAGAUGUAAAAUUGUAUGAAAGAGUUGUGCUUCUGUUGUUGUAAUGGAGUCUGGAGGUGGCUUAUCAACUAAUUUUACUACAAACAUGCCUAAAUAUAACAAUAAUUCUAGUUGUAAAUAAUUAUUUGUAUAUACUAUAUAGAGGUAAAGGUAGAAGUGGCCAUCAAGCUGGGUCGGCCUGCUGACUUAGCGGGCCAGGCUCAGCUAUCCACUUGGGCUUGUUCUGAUUCCUCUUUUUUGUUAUGGUCCGUCGGCCUGUCGGGUUGGGUCCAUUGGCCUUGUAUACCAAAA